AUUUCACCAUGGAGUGGAUGCAGAGGAAUGGACUGACUAGGCCUGUGGUGUUUUAUGACAAGACCGGACUAGGCUUGAGAGUGCCAAGUGAAAAUUUCAAAGUCCGUGAUGUCAAGCAGUGUGUUGGGAGCAGACGUAUCCUGGAUGUGAUGGAUGUGAACACACAGAAGGCCAUGGAGAUGUCGAUGAAAGACUGGGUCAGAUAUUAUGAGAAUCCAGAGAGAGACCGGCUGUUGAAUGUCAUCAGUCUAGAGUUCUGUCACACUCGUCUGGAAAAUUAUGUCGAGUCGCCAACGCUUGUGCGUCAGAUUGACUGGGUAGAUCGAGCUUGGCCAAGACAUCUCAAGGAAUGCCAAACAGAGUCCACCAACGUCAUUGAAAAGAUGAAAUACCCCAAAGUGCAGAAGUACUGCCUGAUGAGUGUGGCUGGCUGUUACACAGACUUCCAUGUAGACUUUGGUGGCACCUCUGUGUGGUAUCACAUACUGCAUGGUGAGAAGAUUUUCUGGCUAGCGCCUCCAUCACAGAGAAACAUUGACCGCUAUGUUGAGUGGACAUUGUCUGCCAAGCAAGGAGACACAUUUUUGGGUGAUCUGUUGGAGCAGUGCCAGAGGAUUACUUUGGAGGCUGGAUACACCUUCAUCAUACCGUCAGGCUGGAUUCAUGCUGUCUACACACCCAAGGAUUCUCUUGUGUUUGGGGGUAAUUUUCUUCACAGCUUCAACAUUGAGAACCAGUUGCUGGUUUCCCGAAUUGAGGAUAAGACUUACGUCCCUUCCAAGUUUCGGUAUCCGUUCUACUUAGAGAUUAUGUGGUAUGUGGUUGACCGCUACAUCAGCUGUCUGACAGGCCGGUCUUUUCUCAGCUCCUAUGAAAAAGAUGAUGUUGAUGAAGAUGAUCAAGGAUUCAUCCAAGUAGAUGAAGAUUCUAGGCCUCCCUCACGGAACCCUGACUCACGGCCCCCAUCCAGGGCUAUGGAUGAUAAUAUAGAUACUAAAGUCAAGUCUGACAGUGGAGAAGACACCCCAAAACUAUCCAAAAGUGUCACCAUUGAGCUGACACGCAUUGACGCUGCACUCAGAAGGUCACAAAGUGAGGAGGAGAAUCAGCCUCCUCAUGCAAGACCCAGGGCGCCAAGGAAAACAGUUUCCGAUCCCAACAAUGCUUGGGAGGGUGGGGGAGGUGCCAGAAAGUGGAUUCAUCUGACCUGCACUGAACAGAAAGGUCUGCGACAUCUGGUGGAUUACCUGAGUGGGCUGAUGACGCUGUCCCCCAACAAGAGAGGAGUGCCUAAAGAAAUGUUGGAUCCUGAAGCAGCUCUGAGGGAAAUCAAGCAAGUUCUAGAGGACCAUAAGAAUGAUGAUCAGGAGUUGGCGAUAACCGGAGAGCCAGUGAUUGGCUGGCCAGAGUCUGCCAAGAAAAAGCAGCAGAAGCUGAAACUUGGAUACAAGACUUUCAAAACAGCUAAAGCUGUUAAAGGUUCUACAACGACAUCUUCAUCCAUACGCAGACGCAGGACCAGGUGCAAGCAGUGUGAGGCAUGUACCAGAACCGAGUGUGGAGAAUGUACCUUCUGCAAAGACAUGAAAAAGUUUGGGGGACCUGGCCGUAUGAAGCAGACCUGCAUCAGUCGGCAGUGUAUGGCUCCAAUACUACCCAGCUCCUCAGUAUGCAUGAUCUGUAAUCAGGAAGGGCGGCCAAACCCCGACGACCCGGAUGAUGUGUCAACAUCCUUGAUGGAAUGUGGGAUCUGCUGGGAGAUUGUGCAUCCCUCCUGUUUACAGAAAAAGUAUGAGAAUCUGGACAAUGAUGGUGCUGUUAAUGAAGACCUGCCUAACAGCUGGGAAUGUUCUAAAUGCUGUAAUGAGGGCAAGCAAGGGCAGCUGAAGCCACGAGUUCGACCUGGCAGUUCUAAAAAAAUGAAAGCCGAAGAUCAUCGUGUUUCUGCUGAUAGUGAUGACAGCCAAGAGGAGGAGCCACUGUCCCCACUGAGUCCUGUGGAGGGCAAGAGGGUGGUAGCAAAGGAAGCUAACACAGCCAGAAGCGGCGACGGCUCCUUCAUUAAAACAGAAACUGGCGCCAGCAAAUGGCCUUCACCUUCUAAAAAAAUCUUAGCCUUCUCCGAUGUCAAAGUGAAAAAUGAAGACAGCACAUCAUCAACGAUAUUAUCAUCAAUUCCUGUACCACAGUCCUUGAGCAGAGACGAAAAUGCAAAGAAACGAAAUCAGCAGCCGAGCUCUCACUUGUCGAGUGGUCACAAAGAUCACAAGAAGCCAUUAAAAAAGGAGAAGACGCCAGCACCUAAUUCUCCCUUGACUCAUCAACAUGACGAGACACCCCCCCACCUUCGUAAACGCCCUACAGCAGUACCAAGCAGCAGUGGGGAUAAAACCAACACCACAUCACAGACAGACGCAGCUGGCAAACGCCCAAAAAGAGAGGGUCAUGUGAGUGUUGCUGGCGAUGGGGCAGGAGGCCAACAGUUGAAGGAGGAAGCUGGGCAGCAGUCAUCGGAGGAGCAUCACAGCAACCUCACUGGAGGUCACCCUAAGAAGUCCAAAGUCAAAUUUGAGAGUUUGCAGUCGUCUAAAGGUGAUGUUGUUCGUUACGGCAUAGAGGGGUCGGUGUUGCAACCUCCAUUUGUCCCAGUGUCUUCUUCAUCAUCAAUGCUGUCAUCAACACACACACCAGGUGUUGUGGCUGCCCUGUCGUCUGCCUUGCCUGUAACAGCAGGAGCACCUGCCAGUGAAGUCACACAACUCCGUCAGCUCUGUGGUGCUCUGUCUACAAAUAUCAAAGAAGAAAUCAAACAAGAAGAUUCCAACAAAGCUGGAGGUGAUGGUAAUACUCCUAAUCCACCUUCUGAGAUUUUACGAAAGGGCACAGAUUAUGCCCCCAAGGUUCCUCUAAAGAAUUACGUUGUACGACCAGCCCCUGUUUCUAACAUCCCACAGGUUGUGACCAUGAGCAAUGAUUCCCCUCACCCGUUACCGCAAAAACUGUGGACUGCAAUAUUCCGAUAUCUCCCACAAGCUGACCUUGCACGUAUAUCAGCUGUUUGCCGAACCUUUGACUGUUGGGUUUUGAAUCCAUUGUUGUGGUAUCGUAUUGAUCUCUCUCUAAAGAAAGUCAAGCAGGCUCACCUGAAGGGGGUCAUGCUGCGUCAACCGAGGUCUCUCAAACUGGCAUCUUCAGUUAUAUCAUAUGCCCAGUUGUCCUGGCUGAUUGCUCGACUACCUGGACUGCGACACCUAGACUUGUCCAAUCUCUCCUGGGCUUCCAUCUGCGCUCUGUGUUCUUCAGACUGUCCACUCUUAAGAUCUUUAGAUCUGAGCUGGGCAACAGGAAUUCGAGAUUUAUGCUUCAGGGAGCUUGCUUCCCCACCUGUCAAUCUGAAACCUGGCCAGCGCAACAUUUCCCGUCUCUCUCGGCUGGAGAGACUGAGUCUCAUGGGAACAGACAUCAAUGAUCAGAGCCUGGAAAUCAUAGCAACCCAUCUGCGCAAACUCACGGCAUUGGACCUGACUUGCUGCAUGCGGGUAACUGACAGAGGUAUACGAGCACUGGUUCAGUUAGGAGCAUCAUGUCACCUCCGAGAGAUUCGACUGGUUAAAUGUGUACAGUUGACAGAACGAUGCCUGGACUCAUUAGCCACGUUCAGGAACCUCACAUUUCUAGCCUUGACCGAUAUUCCUGCAAUCACCCAGGAAGCUUGUGUUCGAUUCUCCAGGAACUACAAACAUAGGACACUUCGCCCCCACACCCAUGGUAUCAUCAGUGUAUCAGUAUCUGCACCAUAA